CUGCGCCAUAUCGCCGCGGCGGCGAGGUGCUGAGCCAGGAUGGGUUUUGCCGAAGACAAAGUGUACAACUACAUUUUGAAAAACCUCACGAAUUUCAAGAACAUCCAUGUGUCGUCGCUGGCCGAUUCCCUGAGCUGCCUGACCGAGGCUGACAGAGAUGAACUUCGCACCCGGGAGGAAAUGCGGGGCAGCCAGGCGACCGUCUAUAAGUUUUACCAGCACCUGAGGUGCCGGCAGGGCUGGGUGCUGGAUCUCAUCAACGCGCUGCACCAGAACAACGCGGGGCACCUGGCUGACGAGCUGCAGCAUGUAUAUGACUCCUGGCAAGCCCGUAUGUAGCCUCGUCGUUCCCCAGCUCCGGCCGCUGCCUCCUUCCCUCCAGCAGCCAGCAAUGCUUGUCCUGCUGUCUCCUCCAUCCGUGCCCCGAUGCCGUCCCCGGGGCUGAACCCUGCUCCAGGCACCCCGUUGGCUGAGCAGCCAUGCCGAGACCAGCCCAUCGGCAGCCAUCCACCUCUCCUGCCCAGUGCUGCCACUCCCGUGAGCACGGACCUGGACGCCAGGGCGCCGGUUCAGGAAUCGCUCCCCAAAAACCUCCUGGAGCAAGAGAGUCCCCAGCUGCCUCUGCCUGGGAGCGCAGUCCGUGACGGAGUGAGCGAUGGGCACGGCGGAGAGGGGCAUCGCUCGCACCCCAUCGAGGUGGCGCAGGCAGCAGCGGUGACCUCCGGGGCAGCCAGCGUGGCCGUGCCAUCAGCUGUCCCCCCUGAGCAGGGCCGGGACUGGCUGAGCCGCCAGCAGCACCCGGUGUGUGUGGACAAUGGGUGUUUCGGGAAUGCCAACCACCUACACCGCGGCGCGCCGGGCUUGGGUUUGGGCAGGUCUCUUCCGCUGAGGGAUGCGGGCACUUCUUGCAGCCCCAAGCAGCCCAGGAAUGAUCCCGAAGAGGACUUCUAUGUCUCCACUGAGUCGCCCCUGAAGCUGGAGGAGACUGCUUGCAGCAGGGGGACCCAGCCCCCAGGCUCACUGCCGAAAGCGCAGGCUGUGCCCAGCUCCGAGCACGGCGAGCCCUCGGGCAGCUUCGUGGAUGUGCGCAGCCCCCUCCUUAUACAGCAGCAGUUUGAUGCGGAGCAGAAGCGGGUCGGGAUGCUGCGAGAGCACAGAGGAGAUGAAGACACUUGGAUGGAAACAACUACCCUGGUCGCUACCCCUGUGCCCAGAGAUGCUUCCCUGUCCUGCGACACCUCCCUGAAGCCUCCUGUACAAGAGAGAAAACUGCCCGUGGGGGAGACGGCCAGCAGCACUCCCUCCAUGCCGACAAAGGAGAAAGUGCUCCUGGCCUCGGUGGACCCUCUCUCGACUUCUGCAGGAAGCUUUGAAGGCACAUCUGGGAGGACGGCCUGCUGGGUGAGCUCUUACAGCAACACGGAGAGGGAUGUGGAGCUCAGCAAGCCAGGCGUCCUCCUCUCCAUGCCUGGGGAGAGCCAAGAGGCAGCCGGCAGAUGCCCGAGUUCUCGGGGGCCUAGCGGCCCCCAUUCUGAGGUGUCCGAUAGCCUCACCUUCAGCAGCGACCCGCUCCUGGUGAGCACGGAUAGCUCAAGCUCAGGAGAAGCUCCCUCCAGAGUCUCCGUGGGAUGCCCGGCUCCAGCAGCUCAUGAAGACCCCAGGGGAGAAGAGGCAGCUGGAGCAAGCAGAGACUCCAGCCCACCUCCGAGCUGGGACAGCACCUCCCUGGGCACCCACGAGGUUCGCGUGGACCACUACCCCAGCCCCCAGCUCGGGGCAGGCAGCGACCUCCGAGAUGGAGCAGAUCCCCUUGGAAACUCUCCAGUUUUUGCCUCUAGCAGGGGCCGUGGCACUGCAACCAGCUCGUCUCAGGCCAAAGUCCACCCAGGGGACAGCAACGGAGCGUCCCUGCCAUACGUCCUUCCAACUGUGGGCAUUGCUCUGAUUUCAGCUGUGGCAUUUCUGGUGUAUGCUCGAUUGCAGAAAUAGCGCUGCAGUGGAUGGGAUGCCACGACCAUCACUCAGCCUGGGUGAUUCCUCUUCGUAGCAGGAAUUUGGCCAACAUGUUUGAAGCCUGAAGAGCAGCAGGCAGGGGGGACAGUAGGGUCAUAGUUAAAUCUCUGGAAGGUUUUGCUGGAAGAGGCCUUGGUUGUGUGAUGCUGUUGGAUUUGGGUCUGUUCCCCCUAAUUUCCCAACCAUCUUGUCUGUAGCCUUCUCCUUUUACACCCGUAGAGAGGGUCUCAUUCAGGGAGUGAUCCCUUGAGUCAAAAAAGGAAGUCCUCAUGGCAAUUCUCCACGUCUUCCUUGUUUGAUCCCAGGAGGUCCCAGGGAAACAUGUCCUGGUGGUCCAAAGGGUGACCCCUCCGGGCAGUGCAGUGAGGCGAGGUUUUGCAGAUGUCCUGUAAAAGUGGAGCUGAUCUUGUUGGCUCUGCUCAUCUCAGCUUGAAAACGUGCCUGAGGGUCUGUGCAGCAGCCUUCACCAGGUGCCUGAUGUUGAAUUUGCCUUACUUGGCGUCUCUGGCUCUGUUGCUGGGACCUCGGCUCGUCUCUGCUCCUCCUUUUCCCCCUGUGCUGGGUGCGUGGGCAGGACACCGGUGCACCAAGUCACGCUGCCUUCUGCUCAUUCAUGAUGAGAGAUGCCCCCGUGAUGAGAACGUGCCAGGCCAGACCGCGUGCAAGCUGUCCCCUCUCCCAGGAUCCAUUGUCCUGCUUCGGUGCUUUGCUUUGGAGCAUCCUCCCCUGCUCCUGAGGAUGAGGGAUGGGCUCUGGGAUUGCUUCAUGCAGCACUGACACCCUGGGGAUGAAGCUGAGGGUCAGGAAAGAGCCGCAUCUAACCAGCUUUCUUGAGGAUCAACCUCAUCUCACCCCGCUCCAGCCAGGGAAAGGGGGAUUAUGCUUUAAGAGGAACAUUUCAAGCAAUGCCAGCAUUAAGCGGACUUGGUCCCACACAGGAUUGUUGGGCAUCUUUGAUCUUUAGGCUGUAUUUUUAGAGCCUGGCUAGGAGGGUGGAUGUAGUUCUCGCCUUUCCUGAUACCUGGUGCUACAGGAUGGGAAUACAGGAAACUUGUGUCCAGGCUGGGACACAAAAAGGAUUGGCUGUGCACGGUGCAGGAAGGCCAUACCCGGUGGCCAAGAUAUUCUGGGUUAUCACGAAGGUCCCAUUUAGAAUUAGUCCAUAAUUUCCCUGCUAUCCCCAGGGACCAGCUUGGAGUGCGAGGGGAUUGGGCUGCAAGAUUUCUAAGAUAAAAUCCUCAAACCCAAACAAAUAUCCCCAGCUUCCCCCUGUCCAGGGCAGCAGCUUUUGGGGGCAGAAGCGACCCUGCUCAGUCGCUGCUGGCACGCAUUUCUAACUCCAGACAGAGUUUAGUGCUCUCCAGCCAUGCUGCCUGCUUCUGUCUGGUGCUGACGGCCGGGCUGCACUCCUAAUCCAGGCUGUUGCUUCUUCCCUGCUUUACCGUGUCCAGUAAUUUACUCCUCCUGGAUUGCUGCCGUUCGGCACAGCUUCCCAAAAUAUGACCUUCCUGCUGGCAGGGGACCAGGAGGGAGAUGAGCUCCCUGGGUCCUGGCUGCAAAGUGAAGCCGUCAUGCCUGGAGCUUGACCUGCGGUGGGAAGGGUCCGUCAGCCCUGCAACAGGGUGAACGGCUGCUCCUCUCUCCUAACACUUUCCCUUUGCCCAAAAAUGCAAGAAGUGCCUCCCUUAAAUGAUAAGGAUGAUAAAUAUAUGCAAUAGCGAGGUGUUGAUUUUGAUCUGACAGGGCAGCUCUCCAGGUGAACUGGAGAUGUUCAUCGCUUGUUCAGUGCCCGGCGCUUUACCCGUCAGAGGAAGGGACAGUGCUUUUAAAUGCACUUGACCUCUGCUGGGAGAGGGAACAGGGGGACUGUUCUCCCCAUUUGAAGAUAACAUGGUGACUUCUCCAAAACCUCCCCACAAGCAGGGAGGAGAACCCGGCAUUCCCCAUCCGCAGUCCCCAGUAAGCUGGUUUUUUUCCUCAGCUGUUGUAAUUUUGUCAGUGAGGGCUUCGUAGAGACCCGUCACCUCCCUGUGAAAGCUGCACGUUUCAGCACUAAGAAUUGCUCUUUAUUUGCAGUGGGUAAGGAAAUCGCCCCAAAUCCUUUCACCUUGUUAAAAGGCUCAUGUUUACUACUGAAUAUUGCACCGAAAUAAAGCAGAAUACAUUUCGUAAAGCAGAGUACGCGAGCCUGCGUAACCACACUGCAGAAGCCAUCCCAAAAAGAGAGGGGGCGCGCGCCUUUCCCCCACGCUUCUGCGUGAUUCGGAGGACGUCCGUGAGAUCCCAAACCAGCAGCAUCCGUACCAAGGCCGCCUUCUUUGAUGCUUUACUUGCCUGCAAAAUUCCUCACGUAUUUUCCCCGCUCCUUUUUAGCAAUGGCUUGUACGCUUUGCCUUUUCACGUUGAAUCACUCUUGUGAAACAGCUGGUUUAUCACCACUUCAGACUCAAUAAAAGCACGCGUUCAGUGUUCUGCUGUGAAGUGCCAGUAUUUUCACAGUUGUAAUGUAGCACUUUAAAAGCAUAAUCAGCAGGUGAACUGCAGGAGGGAACUGUGUCACUGUAAAUCUUUUAAAAAAGAAAAAAAAGCCUUUUACUAACUGUAUAAUAAAAUUG